AUGAAACAAAAGCACAAAAGAUCAUUCAAGGGUUGCUGGACGUGUCGACGACGUCGUGUCCGAUGCAAUUUAGUCCAACCGGUAUGCGGGCACUGCUCAAGACUACAAUUAGAAUGUGGAUAUGGAAUCAAAUUGACAUGGUUUUCUACCCAAUUUCUAUCCAACAAUAAUGAUCAUAAUGAGCUAGCUUCUUUAAACGACAUUGUUAAUGAGGGCUUGGAACCUGAAAAAUAUUAUACUGUAAAACUUGUGGAAUUGAAAAAGCAGAAUGCAGAGCGAAGCAGAUCGAUGAUCGAUUUUGCAGAAUGGAAGAAACCAUAUACAGAUUAUGAUGCUUUGGAUGCCGAUAUUGAUAUUGAUAUAGAGAUCCCUUCUGUGAAUGAAAAUAGCUUGUUUGUUGUAACUUCCAAAUUUCAAGGCCCAUUUGGAAUUUUUUCAAUACCCAUUUCCUCAAAAACUGAAGAAUCGAUAGCGAAUCUGCAACCAGCUAACUUAGCUUUCAAAAAUUCUCUGAAAGAAAUUCUUCAUGAUCGUAUGAACAACUAUGCUCCUUUGAGGGCCGUGAAUGAUUGUUCACUGAGCCAGGAUAGAGGGUCUAUAGAAUGUGUUAACUGGCUAGACUUCUCACUUGUGCCAUUUUUUGCAAUUUAUCAAAGCUAUCGCCAAAACAAGCUUGCUAAAAAAGAGCAAAUUGACUUGAAUGAUCCAAUGGUGACAACUUCAAUCCUGGAAAUCAAACAGAAUUUAAUUUCAUGUGGGUUGUUGGAUCCUGGCCUUAAUGUGAGUGAGCAAUACAUCAAUAAACUUACAGCUAAUUUCGCUAAUAAUAUUCUAGACAAGUUCAGUAACUUUGAAAACGGGGGUCACAAUUUGUGGCAAGCUUAUAUUUGGCCAAAAGAAUUGAAAAUAAUUCUUGAGCAGUUCCUGAUUUCAGAAAAGAAUUGGAUUGAAAUAGUGCUCUCAUUACUUGAGAACGGAUCCUUUGUCACAGAAAAGGAAGAAUUGGAUGUCAAAAAUUUUUCUGAGGAGGAAAUCGUUAGCUAUAUCAAGGAAUUGACAUUCCUUGUUCAAUCAUGUCUAGUUUUUCAAAUUUUGGUAAUUUCUAGUUUCCAUUUGGGUCAUUCACAGCAAGAUCAAAUCGCCUCAUUGAUGAUGGCUUCUACAAAUUUGAAUUGUUUGGUCGACAAGCUUGGUGAACCAUUACUCAAAAAAAUCUCAAGAUUUGUGCUGCAAGUCGAAAAAAAUUGUUCUAAUAACCUACAACAUAUCCAAAAAUUAAUAAAUGAAUUACUAAACCAAAGCUUGCUUCGAAUAAUAUUAAAGAUACAAAUUGAUUGUGUUCUUGGGACAUGCUGCCGUCUAUCAGAACUAUUUAAUUUGGGCCAAUUAUUAGUUGAAAAUAUUUACACGCUCCAUGAUAUGGAACUCUCGGUGCUGAAUCUCGGCCGUUUCAAUAGUGUUAUAGAAGGUUUAAAAUCAUCUGAUUGCCAUGAUAAAGAUAAACAGUCUUCAUUUUUCAUUGCUCUAUAUUUUCAAAUCCUUAGAAUAUUCCAUUCCAUUACUACAGUCCAUGAUUUAAAUGGAUUUGAUCCAGAAAAGGAAUUCAACCCAACAGGAGCUCACAGUACAAAACCUUUUGUCGACGAAGUUCAACCCUUAUUUCAUAGUCAAAUAAAAGUAUUGCCCAAAUUUUCGGAAAUUCGCCUUACCGACUCAAGCAAUAUUACUGAUAAAGAUGGUGAAUCACAAGACAAUGAUAAUUUUCAAAGCGCAAAUAUUCCCCUCACUUUGCAGAAGAAUAUUAAUUCAGAUGGCGCAAGCAUAUACCGUAAUACAAACGAUGGAAAGAAUUUUGAUAUUCAUUAUGACUAUGAAUUUAAUGAUGAAGAAGACCCUCCUCCUCCAGCGUUUGAAGUCAUUUUCAAUUACCAAGGAGAAAAUGGGGCUGUCAUUGAUGGAUAUGGUGGAAAAGAAAUUAAAAAUGGGAAACACGAGAAAUUUGAGGAUACCAGACAAGAUGAUAAUCCACAAUCAAAACUAGAAUUGAAUCGGCCGAAAUCCAAGAUUACACUAAUGGAGCUUUCACUUGGAUUGCCUAUUUCUUUGAUCCUUCUUCUUGAACGAAUUACUUCACUUAUUAAGCAUCAAUAUUAUCUGCAUCUCCAUGAUGUUCAUCUUGUUGGAUUUUCAAAACAGUGCGCCGAUGUAGAAGAUCAGCUAUUGACUUGGAAGCUUUCUUGGGGACUAUAUGAAUCAACCACUACUGGCGCUACUGGAAUGGUGAAAAGAAGGUUUAUAAGUUUCAACCAUGAGAUGCUAUAUCACCAUAGCAAAGCAUUUCAUCACUCAUUGAUCAUUUACUAUUUUAGUAACAUCAAAGAUGUUCCCCCGCAAUUCUUACAGCUUGAGGCACAAAAGGUGGUGCAGCACUUGAAUUAUUUGAAAUACGCAUUGAAAGAUAAUAAUGCAACCGAACUUAAUAUUCCAUAUGAAGAUCUGCAGUUAGGAAGUAUCCACAAAAAUGAGUCCGUCCCAAAAUUUUCAUCCUUCCGUCCCAACUUUUUCAUAAUGUUGAUUACAUCUUUUGAAAUUUUGUCGCCAGAGCUUCGGUCAACCCUUAAACAUCAGUUCUUUCAGUUUUAUGAAGAUAAGUAUUUGUCAGGGUCAUUGAUUAAUCAAUGGAGGCCAAAGCAGGCGAUAUACGAGGUUUGGAGGCUAAGGACACUUUUAGGCGAAGAAGAAGUUAAUUGGCUUGAAGUGAUCAAAGAAUUAGGGUAUGAAAUGUUAAUCUUUUGA